AUAAUAAUUACUCACAGGAGGACAUUUUUCUACUCCACGUGGUCAAGAAGACAGAAGGGGAGAGAUACAAUCCUUCUCCGCUCUGAAGCUAAGGCGCUAGGUAACCAGUUCAGUGGAAUUCUUUCCGUGUGAUGGCUGCCAUGUCCCCUCAUAUUCCUGGCAGAGGUUUGCAGAGUCCGGUGGGCGGAGAUGGACCUGGUGUGUUCCAGCAAGGUUGGUCCUUCACUGAGCAUGGCAAGAAGGCCGAGGUGAAAUUGGUGAACAACCCCUACGACCUGGAGGCAUGGAGUGUGCUAGUCAGAGAAGCACAGUCUGCGGCGAUGAUUCGAGCUCGUAUAUUGUACGAGCGCCUCGUGUCUCACUUCCCCACGUCAGGACGAUACUGGAGACUUUAUGUCGAGCAAGAGAUGAGACAUCAUAACCACGAGCAUGUUGAAAAGUUGUUCCAGCGCAGUCUAAUGUCAGUGCUGCAUAUUGAUCUGUGGAAGUGCUACAUUUCUUAUGUCAAAGACACCAAGGCGUCCUUGCCCUCGUACAGGGAGAAACUGCGGCAGACAUACGAGUUUGCUCUGGAUCAUGUGGGCAUUGAUUAUCACAGCACCUCCAUAUGGACAGACUACAUCACGUUUCUCAAGAAUGAAGAUGCACAAGGAACAUUUGCUGAGAACCAGAAGUCCCAGGCUCUUCGUAAAGCCUACCAGAGAGCAGUUGUCACUCCACUUGCUAACCUGGAGCAGAUGUGGAAAGAAUACAACUUCUUUGAGAAUACUGACAACAAAAUGAAUGCCAAGCGUAAUAUAGACACAGUGAGUCGUCACUAUUUGAAUGCCAAGAGAUCGGCCCAAGAGUACGAUGGCAUCGCUCGUGGUCUCAUACGCGGGAGCACCUCUGUCCCUAUGAGGGGAACUCCUCAAGAGUCACAGCAACUCCUUAUAUGGAAGAGGAUUAUCAAUUGGGAGAGGAGCAAUCCGACCAGAACUGAAGACCAUGCCAUACUCGUCAAGAGAGUGCUCUACUCUUAUGAGCAGUGUCUGCUUUGCUUUGGUCAUUGUGCUGAUAUCUGGUAUGAGGCAGCCCUCUAUCUGCAGAGGGCCAGCGAGGCCGGGGUGGGUCAGCACAGUGCUCGCUGGGCCGAGGAAGCAGCUGUCAUAUACAACAGAGCCAUUACCGGGCCCCUCAAAGACAGCCUCCUACUUCACUUUGCUUAUGCUGACUUUGAAGAGGCUAGGAGUAAGUUUGAGGGAUCUGAGGCCAUCUAUAACAAGCUGGUGGAGAAGAGAACCAUUGACCCCACCCUGGUAUACAUUCAGUACAUGAAGUUCUCCCAGCGUACGGCCGGUAUAAAGGUGGCCAGACAAAUAUUCAAGAGAGCCAGAGAAGACGAGAGAAUAGGACAUCAGGUGUUUGUGGCUGCAGCUCUUAUGGAGUAUUUCAUCAACAAGGACAAGACGGUGGCGUAUCGGAUAUUUGACCUGGGGCUAAAGUCGUUUGGUGACGAGCCUCAGUAUAUCCUCUCCUUCCUUGACCACCUCUCACAUCUUACUGAGGACAACAACACUCGUGUGCUCUUUGAGAAGUCCCUCUCUUCUAUGAGCCCUGACAAGACAAGUGAGAUUUGGGAGAAAUUUGUUGAAUUCGAAUCGACUGUGGGAGAUCUUGCAUCAGUGAUAAAUGUGGAGAAGAGGAGGACAGCCGCUCUCAAGAACGAUGAUGUUCGUUCCAAAGACACUGUGAUGUUAGUGGACAGAUACAAGUUCCUCGGCCUGAUGCCGUGUUCGGAGGUGGAGCUCAAACUGAUUGGACAUCCGUCAUGCCUCGUGUCUCAGUCAUCUGGAGGAGGUAACCAGACCACCAAGAGGUUAGAGGGAGGGGUCGGGGGUGGAGCUAGCGGGUCGGGAGGAGGUAGCCUCGUUAUGGAGCUGAGAGAGGCGGCUAUUUCUAAACCAGAUCUCCAACAGAUGCUGCCAUUUAAACCGAGCUCUGUUUCAGGUGUUGGUAUGAAUGCAGUUCCUGGAGGAUGCUUUCCAUUGCCCUCGGAGCUAUCCAACUUGUUGUCACGACUACCACCUCCGGAUUGCUUCCAUGGCCCAUUUGUUCAGUUGAAUGAGCUAAUGGCACUCCUGGACACGAGUGAUGGAUCAGAGGUCAUCGGGAGGUCCGGAAAACGAAAGAGAGAUGGCGGAGAAGAGAGUGAUGACGACGGGAGUGGGGGAGCCCCUCCAAUUAAUGACAUUUAUCGCUCACGGCAACAGAAACGAGUCCACAACAUUGUAUAACGCUAUAAACAAUAUAUUAUUCUUUGUUAGUUAUAAUUAUAGUAAUUUUUGUAUCAUUUCAUCAUUAAUUGUCUUUGCAAAAUUA